AUGGAUUCCUCGUCAGGAAGAAAUCUGACGUCUUUUGGGGGGGAAACCUCCGAUCCUACGACCUUUAAGCCCUAUGACCCUGAAACCCUAGACGAUGCGCGCUUCAUCCCGAACGCCUUGGACUUUGCCUACCGAGCCUUCUUGGCUGACAAUGCCGUUGCAUUAUCAGUCCCUCCGGUGUUUUCCAAUGCGCAAGCUGUGGACAGCGCCUCAUUCGCCGGCCGGGGCGCAAGCUUCACCGUGUAUCGACGUCGCAUCCCGCCCCAGAAGCCACUAACGUCGGUUACAAACAUGGACGGCCUGUUGAUCGAAAUUAGGGACAAACGGAAGCUACCGGAGGUUGUAGCAUACAAAGUGGCCGUCAUCGAGUUUUCAGAUAAAGGUGAAGCCACUCAAACGUCCCGACACGCCAUAGACGCUGCAAUCAUGGAACUCUACCUCUCGACGCACCGCCCAAUCCUGCAACACCCCAAUCUCGUAGACUUUCUUGGAUUGGCAUGGGGAGCAAACCCAUUUAACUCGUCGCAGAAACUGCCAGUUCUCAUGGUAGAGUUUGCGGAGCACGGGAGCCUCUGGCAACUGCAGCAGAGGGAGUAUCUCGGCAUAGAGACUCGCCGUAAGCUCUGCCUUGAUGUCUGCAAAGGCCUGCAUAUGCUUCAUUCAUGCGGUAUCGUUCAUGGCGACAUCAAGGCACAGAAUGUCUUGAUAUUUACAGAUGCAGAGCACAAGUACAGAGCCAAAGUGAAUGACUUCGGCUACUCCCAGGUGAUAAAUACUGAAAGGAGCAGCCUCUUGCUAGGAGGAACCCGGCCGUGGAAGGCCCCGGAGGCGAAGACAGCAGUCGCAGCAUCAGACGCAAAGUAUACCGACAUAUACUCAUUGUCCCUCUUUAUCUGGUGUACAUUUGCGCAUGGUCAAAACAUCUUCAAACUCCUCGUGGACCCCUCCAAACAAGGCGAAGACUUCUACGCGGAAGCGGAGAAUCUGAAGGAAACCCAGGAGCUAGCAGCCCAGACAGAUAUUUCUGCAUGGUACCUGAAAGCCAUUAUGGCCACUACUUAUGGCGACACCGGCCAGUUCCUCCAGCGCUUCCAGUCUCUCCAGCAGCAAUUGCAGCAGAACAACACACAGGCCAACAACCCAGCAUUUGGCAUUGACGACAUUGAAAAGAUUCUGUGUGCAAUUCCACCCGCGCUUUUUCAAGCGAUGGAGCCACUGAAGCAACAGCUGAUCGCAACUGUUGAAAGUUUGGGCUCAUACGAAACGAUGAAAAGAGCUGUGACAAUAGGAUUGUCGAAUGAGCCACAACAAAGGGACCUAGAACAAAUCAUGGUCGCCCUGGGCCACAAUGGUUCGUUUACUCAAGAUAGUGCGGAGCCGAAUCAAGUGUUGAAAUCGAACCUCAAUCAACAUUUCUUCACGUGGCGCCACUGGACAGGGAUGGACCCUUCCGUUCAGAGGUACCUGACAACAACAUACAUCCAAAGAGGCGAGGGCGAGGUUAAGAAAGGUAUGAUAAACCCACCGGAGGCGUUCCUUCUCACGGCUCUCUACAUCAACGGAUACGGUGUAGACAAAGAUACAUCGCAAGCAUUGAGAUGGCUCUUUAACGCCUGGGGAGUGAAACAUCCACUGGCGUCGGCGUACGGGUACAGAAUCGCGCAGGCCAUCGGGCGCACGCCUGAUAACCCACACAGCGUAAUCGAAACGCUGGAACUAAUGGCCCUACGUGGUUCGAGAACUGCCCUCGAAGAUUUAGCCAUGCUCUCCAAGGAUACCUACGAGAAGACGAAGAAAACCAUCCGUGACGUCCUCGCAGGCACAGGCGCGAAUUUCUUCUUCAAGGCAGAAAUGCUCCACGGAUUCGCUCACAAUAUGUGGAUCAGAACCUUUGAAAACAUUCCCAUCUUGCUUGAGAACUUUUCUCAGUUCGAUUCCAUCGCCGACUACACAGCCAACAAGCGAGGUGACCGGAUUCUUCAUGUGGCCGCAAGUUGCGGUCAGACGGAAGCCAUCGGGGCUCUAUUGAAUCACUUUCCGUCACUUGAAGUUAAUCAGCUCAACGAUCAAGGCGAGACGCCGCUUCUCUGUGCUUGCCGCGCUGGGCAGCAUGAUACGGUAUUGUGGCUUACUUCCAAUGGAGCAACGGCGUCGGUGGCGCGGAAUGGAGAGUCUCCGCUCCACUGGCUGAUAUCGUUUGAUGAUCAGGAGAUUGAAAGCGUUGGCCCAGCGCUGAUCCAAGCCGGCGCGGAUGUAAAUGCCAAGACGACCACAUUCAUCGCCUACCAAGCAGGGUUCCCGGCAUCGCUAGAUAUUGAUCGGCUCCCGGAGGGUCAUCCAAUCGGAUGGGCGACUCAGUGUGACCGUCCCAAAAUUGUCAAAUUCUUGCUAUCCCACACGGCCGAUCCGAGGAUGUGCAAUACAUCGUGGCCUCAAGCAAGAAGUGCGUUGGAGAUUGCAGCAUCGCAGCUUCGUUCAGAGUGUCUGGAGUUGAUGAUCCAUGCCAUCGAGCAAUUCAACCUCGAACAAGGGGCAGAGAAACGCGGCGGCUUCUUUGUGACGGGUCUCCUUCAGCAGGCCGUUUACGGCAGCAGCCUGUUCGACAUGAUCCUAUACCACGGGUCGAGAUACCAACAGGCGAUGGAAUCGACUUUCCAGUGCCUAUUGCCAAGGACCAGCAGACUUGUCUCCCCCCAAGGCUACGGUGGCUUCAACCAAACCCUUCUAUACCUGGCCGUCUCGCUAGCCCGAGAUGAGUUGGUUGAAUAUCUCCUCAAGUACGGAGCUGACGUCAUCAAAACUGGAGAAAACUAUGAUGAAGAAGUGCUUCAAUCCCAAGACGUCGGUGCGUUCAAAACCGCUGACAUUAACCGCGCAUGCGGCGUUGACCUGCGAACGCCGCUCCUAGAGGCCGUUCGAUGGAAUCGUCCCACGAUGGUCAACCUCCUCCUUGAGCAUGGAGCUCACGCCACGGGAGCUUCCAAGAAUCCUUUCAGUGGACAAGAUUCAACGUGGACCGCUUUCCAUGUCCUUGCGUAUGCAGGGCAAAACGAUACACGACUGGUCCAACCCCUUCUUGACCACGGCGCGCCCCUCGACGGCUUCCCGGACGAAUCCGGCAGAACCGAAUCCCCACUACUCGUCGCGGUGCAGAACGACCAGUUCCAACUCGCCGAAUGCUUUAUAUCGCAUGGUGCCGAUAUCAACUUCACCAGCAUGAGCAGUGGCCAUCUGAGCUUCACAUACCCCACGACUAUCUUGGGCCAUGUCAUCGCCUCCAACGCGCGAAAUUCAAUCGCACGACUCCGCUACCUCCUUGGCAGCGCGGACUGCUUAGAAUUCAUCGUCGAGCCAGCCCGGCAGUGGACGGCGCUCCACCGCGCCGCAGCCGCUCACAUCGACGCCGAGUUCCGCGGGACAGAUGCAACCGAGGCGGCUGAGCUGGACUGGACUGACAUCGAUUGGAGUGCAAACCGCGAGAUUAUGAAUGAGCUACUAUUGCGAUUUAAUGAUCCGGCAGAGCUUGAUGCUGUCGAGAAAAGCAUGGGGCUAACGGCGAUGCACCUGGCAGUUCUCACAGGUAACGAUGCCGCAGUGAAAUUGCUUCUUGACAGGGGUGCUAUGUCGAGUGCAGGUGGCCAGGGACCAACGGCCGCUGAUAUGGCACUUGGAAUACAGAUGGAGAAGUUGUCUAUGAGUGAGGAAGGUGUGCGGCCUGGCCAGGAGGAGGUAGCGGCCCGUAAGAGCUUCUCCGCAAACGCUUGCGAGAUGCGUCUCUACGGGUACCAAUUACUUGCCUCCUCGGCUGUUGUCAGUACAGUCGUCGGGCAAGGUAUCAUCCCCUCGACCAAUGCCAUCCCAGGAUUCGAAGCUCCUGCAGCCGAGUAUCGUCCCAAGUUCAGAUACUGGCUUCCAGAUGCAGAUGUCGAUCACGAUGUCCUCAAAACCGACAUCCAAGACCUCCAAGAGCUCGGCGCCGGCGGUCUGGAAUUCCUCCCGUUCUACAACUAUGGCUUCGGCGGCGUGAACGACUCCAAGAUGGAGACAUAUGCUUUUGGCAAGCCUGCGUUUAGAGAUGUUCUCCAGAUUGCGCUUGAAGCUACCAAAGAGAAUGGGCUGUCGAUGGACGUAGCGCUGGGUGCUAGCCAGGGUCAGGGCGUUCCGUCCAAGCCGCUUACCCCUGGUCUUGCUGUGCAGCUCGUCUAUGGGAAGGUGUCUGUCAAGGGAGGAGAGAAGUUCGAUGGGGCUUUGCCAGCUGCUGAUAUUGACUGGAAUGAGAAUUUGGGGUAUAUUCAUCCCCAGGAAAAGUUUGGUGGUAACCGCCUUAUCGGGGUCUCUGCCGCUGCCAUCGCUUCUAGUAAGCCAUUCCCUGCACGGAAUACCCACUCCGACAGCCAUGCCUUUACUAAUUCCUUUGAAGCAAACUCCUUUGAUGACAGCAAUGUUUUCGUCGCCCUGCAUGAGAAGUCACUGAUCGACCUUACCAACAACGUCAAGAACGGCAAGCUCACAUGGACGGCGCCAAAGGAUUACGAAGAGUAUGUUUUAUUCGCGCACUACGAGCGCUACACUAACCAGCGAUCCUGCGAUGGCGUGCCCACAGAUGUCAUCGCGAACGGCUCCUGGGUCACGGACCAUUUCAGCGCUGCUGGUGCAAAGCUAGCUUCCCAAUUCUGGGAGAAGAAUCUCUUGACGACCCAGAUCCGUCAGUUGCUCAAGGAGGUUGGCAAGCACACUUGGGAGGACAGCAUGGAGAUCCAAGCUUCGCUUUACUGGUCUCCUGAUUUUCCUGAUCGCUUCAAGGCCAAGCGAGGUUAUAAUGUGAUCAAGUAUCUUCCACUGCUGUUCCAUAAGUCAACUUCCUUCACAGCGGCUCAGGCUCCCUAUAACACCACCUUUUACCUCGAAGGGACUCCGGAUGACGGACAGAGCAAGUAUCUCCAGGACUACCGACUGGCCUUGAACGAGGGGUACCAGGAGUAUCUACAGUACUUUGAGACCUGGGCUGAAUCGCUGGGCCUCUCUCACUCGUGUCAAGUUGGGUAUAACAUUCCUAUAGACAUUCUCGCCGACGUACCGAUUGUUGACAACCCCGAACUCGAAUCUCUAGCCUUCAAAACACCAGAUCAAAUGUCACAAUUCGUCGGCCCCGCGCAUCUCGGACGUCGCAACAUCAUCUCCACGGAGAUCGGCGCUGUCGCACAAGGUGCAUAUAGCCUGACUAUUCCCUCCCUCGUCACCCUCUUCCACGACGCAUUCGCAGGCGACGUCAAUGCCAUGAUGAUCCAUGGGAUGACAUACACUGGCGAGCAACUCGGAUCGACCUGGCCUGGAUUCACGCCGUUUCAGUAUAUCUACACUGAGCUAUGGAGCCCAAAGCAGCCGGCGUGGAAGUAUAUGGGUGAGAUGAUGAACUACACUGCCAGAAACCAGUUUGUACUGCAGCAGGGAGUGGCUAAGAAAGACCUAGCCUUUUACUUAUACAAAGAUCCUUUUGGCGUAUCUGAUGAGUAUAAUGGUACAGUUCUUCGAGCAACUGGCUUCACGUACGAGUACUUUUCGCCAGCCAACUUUGGAUCCAAAGCCUUCAAGGUGACGAACAAGGUUUUGGACGCUGCAGGUGCAGGAUAUCGAGCGCUCAUCCUCGAUCAGCAACAGUUCAUCACUCCCGAAGCAUCGCAGAAGCUCGUUGAGUUAGCCGAUGCAGGCCUUCCAAUUGUCGUCAUCGGAAGUCUCCCCAGCACUACUAUUGGGAGCAAAGGGCAGGAUGUUGUGAGCAAGAAUAUCUCGAAGCUCAAGGGAUCCAAGUACUCCAACGUUGCUUUCAUCAAAUCCGCCGAUGAUCUGCUCAAGGCCCUCGAUAAGCUUUCCAUCAAGCCAAGAGUGACGACAGGCUCAGAUGCUGCGAAAGACUUGUACACCGUGUGGAGGUCGGACAAGGGCUCGGACUAUCUUCUUCUCUUCAACCAGGGCUCUGCAUCGGCUUUUGAGAUCACGGCAGAGGUUGAUCCGGGCAAGGUUCCUUAUAAGCUGAACGCAUGGACUGGACAACAAGUUGCUAUGGCAUCCUUCAAGCGCUCUUCUGACAAGGCCAGCUUCCAGGUAUCGUUGGAACAAGGCCAGACAGCGAUUAUUGCAUUCACCAAUGGGAAGUCGAAGACUAGCAUCGUGUCGCAGUCGGAGAACGUCAUCAGCGCUUCCUACGGUUCUGAUGGCAAAGAGGAUAUCUCCGCCAUCUUGGGAGAUGACAAGGCCGCCUCCUUGACAUUGUCCAAUGGACAGACAAGGAAGAUUCCUGCUGCCAGUAGCAGCGACAAGAAGAAUGCACUUAACAUCGAUAUCACCAACUGGAACUUGACUCUUGAGUCUUGGGUUCCUGGUCCUGACGAGGCAAAGUCCGCAUCUGUCAAGAAGGCGAUGAAUCUUGGCACUCAGACGACCUUGAAGCCUUGGUCCGAGAUCCCUGGAGCACAGAAUGUUUCCGGCGUCGGUACAUACACAGCCACUUUCCAGGUCCCGCGAGUCCCAAGCAAGGAUUCCAUCGCUGUACUGCAGUUUGGUCCUGUGCUCAACACCAUUCGAGCUUGGGUCAACGACAAGCAGCUCCCAGCGAUCGAUAUUUACGAUGCUCAAGUUGAUUUCUCGGAUUAUCUGGUUAAGGGAAGCAACACGAUUCGGGUGGAGGUGGCAUCUACCUUGUUCAAUGCGGUCAAGGCCAGAGUUGAUUAUGUCAAGGCGAAUGGGAUUGGUCCUGCUGCGCCUGCCUUUUAUACAUCUGCAGAUUGGCAAAAGCACGGGCUUAUUGGGCCAGUUUCCAUCAAGACUCUGCGCAAGGUCAGCUUGUAG